AUGAGUUCUAUUAUUGGACUAUUGCUUACACUUGGACUGGCUUUCAGCAAUCGGCUUAGAUGCUUGGUAUUUUUGCUAAUACCACAAUUCUUUUCACGAAUUGGAAGAUACACACUCACUUGUUAUGCCCUCAUUCUGAUUUUGACUGGGCCAGCGACCAAUACCUUAAGGAAUUCUGAAGUUUUGACCGAAUCUAUGGCCUGUAGUCAAGAACAAAUAAAAACAAACGUGCGGCACCUAAGUGAUUCCAUGAAACAGCCAUUCCAUGCAAUGAAGGACAGUGUUCGAUUAAUGUUGAACAAGUUCGACCGGGUCAGCGGCAACAUGAAGGAUAUUUUGCUGAAAAUAGAACGAAUGGUUAUCAGUGUUGCUGAUGUCAUUCAAUCAUCACACAGCUGGUUGGUGUCAGUCGUUAACAUCUGUAACCGAAAACUCGGAACUCCAUACAAUCAUUGUAUGAACAUUCUCAAGAAAGGCAUACCAGAUUGCAAGUCCAUACUUGGUUCGAAGCUAUUCUGGUGCAAUGUCACGAAUGUAGAAGCAGCUUGCCAAGCUAUUAAAUCCCACAAGGAGAUCUGUGUCGUGGAUGAUUUUGCGCGAGGCUCAUUUGCAGCUACGAUUCAGCGGAAGUGGAGGAGUUUCACCAAGCGUGUGAAAACGAUGUUCUUUGUGAACAUUCAAGUUCAUCACAAGUAUACGGUGAGCAAUGCCAGUCGUUCAGCCAGCCAAGUGGCAGCCGGCAUCGUCACCGAAAUACGUAACAGAGCGGAUCCAUUGAUCACCUGGCUCUCUUGGAGUUCCUGUGUCACUAGCUUAUUUUUAUUGCUGAUCAUAUUUCGGGCUAAAUAUUAUCAACAUAUGUACGAAACAAGAUCUAGAUUCGACAACCGGUACGUCACGCAAGAACUAUAUGAGAUAGAUCUGAAGAGAUUUCAGGAAGGUAGAGACACUAUACUACCACUCAAUAGAAGAGAGAGGACUAAAUAUAUACCAACUACGUCCUUCCGACUGAUAGCCACGGAAAAGGUUUUUAUGUCUCGCUCAGCGGUCUUUAUGAUGAUCACGACCUUUAAACUGAUGAUACACAUCAUCGCAGACUACAGUUUAUUCUGGGUUCUAACCACCAUAGAACACCAUGGACGACUUCAAACACAAAUACCGCCUGGACCUUCAGACGCCGGUGUGAAAAUAACAGGCACUGGCUUUGCAGCAGAGUUACUUAAGUCAAUAUUCAAUAUCUUAACUAUCCCACUUCAAACGCCAACGAUAUCGCCCACUGCAUGUCUUCCAAAUCCUCACCCACCAGACUUCCAGCGGUAUACACAAAUCGGUGUCAUAAUAGUCAUACUCUGGUUGUUAGCACUGUUUGAACCCUACGGCCUUCGGCUGCGUCACGUGAUUAUGGGUCACCAUCGCCCAGAGCGUGCCAAAGCUCGUGCCAAUUGGCUCUAUAACCACAUCCUGAGGACGAGAGGUAGUUUUAUGAAGCUGGCUAGACGGAAACUACACCGUGAAUACAAAUAUUGUGGGUACGAGCAUCUUACUUUUAGGCACUGGCUGGAUUCUCGCCUACCGUGCGAGACUCCAAAGUGUCCGGGAAUAUUUUGCAAUAGUUGCUUUAAUGAUAUCGGCAAACUGUGCACCAUUUGCCUAUCACCAGCAGAUUAUGGAGAUUACAGUGACAUCAGUUUGGAGAAAGGUUCCUCCGAUGAUGAUAGCGAUGAUACAUAUAACAGUUACGAAUGUAAAGAUGACUCUAGCAAGGAUUAUUUCAAUAUAAAAAUACCGAAUGGAAAGCUAAGUGAUAUUAAGAGGACUAACCAAAACCGACAACGAAAUUUACAUGUGGGCUAUAAAAAUUCAAGCUCCUUUUCAGAAAAAGGGCCUCUUCUAUUACCACAAUAUGAUCAAACUGUUAUGCGGAAAAGAAUAAAUAAUAAAAUAGCUUUAAAGAAUAAGAGAACCAACAUCGACUUUACGAUCAUAUUAAAUAAAGACAACCGACAUACAAUUCAGUUAGGCCAACAACAAGCAACAUCUACUAAAAUAAAUUUACAAGAAACAAAUAAGAACGAGCUACAUAAUAAGAGAGCACAAAAAUGUUCUAAAGAUGUUGAUAUGCCUAAACAUAAGACUAAAUCUAAAAACCAUUAUAAAUAUACAAAACCGUUAUUUGUCGCUUUUUCUACCUGUUUCAAGCUUAAUAAUAAAUAUGUCUCUAGUACCGACCUUAAUAGUAGUAAUCAAAGCAAACAUGGCUCCAAAAAUCAUAAAAGCAACUUCAAAAGGAGAAAGAAGAAAGAGAAUAACAAAAUUUACAUUAAACGGCAAAAUGAAAUAUCUAGGAAUUACAGAAUAUCAGCCUAUUUACAAGACCAAAGUUGGGUGAAAGGCAGCCUUCAUAGAGAUUCUUUGAAGAGUAGGAUAAGAAAGGAAUGCGCAUUGAACCAACUUGCUAGAUGCAGGAUGUACGCAGCAUCAAACAAAGAGAGGGAAGCAGACCUUUUGAAUAAAAUAAAGGAUACAAUAUGUGUGAAAACAAGGGUGUGCACAUGUCCAAAAGGAGUUUGUAUCUGUAAAAAUAACCAAGAGGUACACAUUGACGAUACAAAGAAACCCAUUUCUAAAGAAAUGAAGAAGGGAUGUUCCAAAUGCGAAUGCCACUAUGACUGUAAAAAGAUUGCUAAGAAGAAAAAGUCGGCAGUAGGAUCUAAAACAAAGAAAUUUGUUGAUUGGUGUCGAGGUAAUAAAAAGAAUUGUUGUAAGAUCCAAAAUGUGAACAGAGAGGAAGAUGCAUCACCUUCCUAUUGGAAACCGAGCGAGUUAAUUGAAGUUCACCAAUAUGAAAAUAAUCAUGAUGAUUUAAAAACAACAGAAGAACGUAGAUCUCCAAAAAAGAUUGGAUUUUUACCGCUCAAUUGGAGAUGA